GUGUGUGUGUGUGUGUGUGUGUGUGUGUGUGUGUGUGUGUGUGUGUGUGUGUGUGUGUGUGUCCUCUCACAGGGAGAAGAUGAUCUUCCUCAUCCUGCUGCUCCUCUUCCUCACCCCCUGUGUCUCUGGAACAUUUGUAGUGAAUGUGACUCAGACUUCCUAUCAGGCAGAGGAGAACCAAAACAUCACCUUGGAGGGGACCUUCAGCUCCAGAACAGACACUUCUCUCAGAUCCAUUUCUACCUUCUGUCAGCUUUAUACAUAUAUCAGACCCUACGUCCUGUUUCAUCUCCAUCAAGAUGUUGAAUCCCCAGAGUCUCAGGAUCCACAGUUUGCAGGACGAGUCCAGUGGGACAAAGACGUCCUCCCAGAAGGACGCCUCACACUUCAUGUCUCCAGACUCAGGACCAAUGACUCUGGGUUUUAUGUGUGUGACAUCCUCGUCAGACCUGAUGGGACUAACUCUAGGAGAUGCUGGCUCAACGUCACUGGGAGAAGAUGAUCUUCCUCAUCCUGCUGCUCCUCUUCCUCACCCCCUGUGUCUCUGGUGUUGAAUCCCCAGAGUCUCAGGAUCCACAGUUUUCAGGACGAGUCCAGUGGGACAAAGACGUCCUCACAGAAGGACGACUCACACUUCAUGUCUCCAGACUCAGGACCAAUGACUCUGGGUUUUAUGUGUGUGACAUACUCGUCAGACCUGAUGGGAGUAACUCUAGGAGAUGCUGGCUCAACGUCACUGCUGCUGAAGAGCUCGAACCUCAGAGACCAUCAGAGAGUCCUCAAGCAGAGAGUCCGAGAGGACUCUGGCUUAUCGCUGUGAUAACAACUCUGAUUCUCUUUGUCGUCAGCAUGGCCUGCAUUGUUUUAAUACGAUUUAAGAGAAGAACCUACAAUGCAGCCAUACAGAUGGAGAGUUCAUCAGAGGAACAAACCAUCAGGACUAACAUGUCUCCGUCUGAAUCUGAGCAUGAAGUGAGACUCUCCAACAUCUGAUUCAAGAGUCAGAAAAGAGCAGUGUAACCUCUGUAAAGUGUAUUUUUAUACUUAUUUAUUUCAGUCAUCACUGUGAGUUUUAUCAUUCAGCUGUAAGGUCAUCAAUCUGUUCUCUGUUUACUGAUGGAUAUUGUUACCAUGCUCUGCCUUUAAAGUACAUUUCUAAUGUCACAUAUUGGGAAUCAAUCCCUUUUUCUAUGAGAGAAAUCAUGACAUUGUUAGAGGGAAAUGUAAAUAACAACACUACACGCCAGAGGACAAAAACAAUACAACUGUAAAUAAUCUUAA